AUGUAUGACGGAGCUGACGGUUGCCGCUUGCAGUGGAAAGUCUUGGUUGUGGACGAGACUAGCAGGAAGUUGAUAUAUAAUGCGACCAAUGAUGAUGAUAUUCUCAACCUCAAUGUCACCAAUGUCGAGCAGAUCGAGCAUAGGCGACCACCCAAUCCCGACAUGGAUGCGCUGUACAUCCUGUCACCUCAAACACACAUCGUCGACUGCCUUAUGGCCGAUUUCGAACGGAAAAGAUACAGGCGAGCAUGGUUGGUCUGGACGUCAGUCCUCGAUCCACAGCAGCGCACCAGACUGGACAGGUCACAGAUGGCGCGCGAGCAGAUUGCCGAUUUCCGGGUCAUGAAUAUAGACUUCUUUCCAAGAGAAUCGCGUCUAGUCACCUUCCGAGAUCCCUGGAGCUUUCCCGUUCUGUUCCACCCUGGCUGCAAUCACCUGAUUCGAGGACAUUUGCAAGAUUUAGCGCAGAAGGUUGUAUCACUGUGUGUGAGUUUAGGAGAGUAUCCGAUUAUCCGAUAUUACCGGCCUAGGACUCCUACCCACGAAGCCAGCGUCUUGUGCUCCCACCUCGCUCGAUUCAUUCAGAACGAAUUGGACCAGUUCGCUCAAUCUCAGAGAGACUUUCCUCCUCCUUCGCCGAGGCCUCGCGGUGUUCUUUUGCUGGCAGACCGCUCUAUGGAUAUGGUUGCCCCCCUCAUCCACGAAUUUACAUACCAAUCAAUGGUGCAUGAUUUGCUACCCAUAAAAGACGGGGAUAAGGUCACCUACACCACUGUUAUCAAUACUGGCAGUGGUGGCGGGGAGAAAAAGGACAUGGAGAUUAAUGAAGAGGAUAAUGUUUGGGUUGAAUAUCGGCAUCAGCACAUGAAAGAUGUGUUGGAGAAGCUGGGUCGAGAUUUUGCGAAAUUUAGGGAGGCCAAUCCUCAGUUCGCGGAAGAUAAUGACAAGGCCAACGUGAACACGAUCAAGGACAUGCUCGCGGGCUUAACGGAGUUCCAGAAAGGUCGAGAUGCAUACACACUUCAUCUUAAUAUGGCAGAAGAGUGCAUGAAAUUCUUCCAAGACCAUAAGCUUUUGGAAGUCAGUUCAGUUGAGCAAUGUCUUGCGACUGGUCUAGACGAGAACUAUAAGAAGGCAAAGAACCUGGCUGCACAGCUUGUUCAGCUCCUCGAUGACGAUGCGGUUGUGCGCCCGGACAGAUUGAGACUCUUGCUCCUCUACAUCAUGUAUCGGGGAGGUAUCUUGGCAGGCGACAUCCGGAAGCUCAUCGCACACGCCCAACUAACAUCACAGGACGGAGAAGUCAUUUCCAAUCUUGAUCUACUUGGAAUCAGGGUAGAGAAGCCACUGAAGGACGACAAGCAACCGGUUCAGCCGUUAUUCCCAAGGAAACCUCCAGCUGCCACAGAGAUGGACGAAGCCAGCCUUUCUCGAUAUGAGCUGAAUGUCAAAUUGCUGCUCGAAGAACAGGUCCGGGGCACAUUGGAUCCUGCACUGUUCCCCUUCACCCGGCCUCAUACCACAGCGGAUGGCAUGGCACAGCAGGAUGCUCUCGCGCAAGCGUCUUUGCGAAGCGCCAAACCAACGUGGGCGAGGACUCGCGGUUCUGCCGAGCAGCCACGGCAACGAAUCAUUUUGUUUAUGGCUGGCGGAGCUACAUAUGGGGAGUCGCGCGCCUGCUAUGAAGCGUCGCAGAUGUUUGGGAAAGACAUAUAUUUGGCCACAUCCCACAUGCUAACGCCAAACUUGUUUUUACGGCAAGUCAGCGAUCUGAGUGCAGACCGAAGACGUCUUGACAUUCCUGCCGAACGGCCCAAGCCCACAGCGCCAGCUCAUCUGUUUGAGAAAGAUCCUCCUCCUGCACCGGUGCAGCAACAGCCUGCAGCCAAAAAAGCACCCCCUCCCAACCUCAACCCUCCCGUGCCUACAGCCGCUAUGCAUGCGAUGUCACUGGGACCCAACGCGCAGAAGGCCCCCGGCGGAACGCCGUCAGCCGGCUCGAAGCCCCAUAAGGAAAAGAAAGAGAAGGAAAAGAAGAGAUUGCACUUCUUCCGGUAG